AUGCCAGCCGCAAAGCAGCGGCGGAUCUCCGAGGAGACUCGCGCCGUGUAUGUCCCACUGGCAGAGAGGCUGGGCAUUCACAUCUGGAAGAGGGAGUUCGAGGAGCUCUGCUGCCGGUACCUGAACGGAUACGCGUAUGACCUCGCCGUCCGGCACAACGAGCAGACCGCCGAGGCGCGCGGGCGAGGCCUCCGCUACAUCAGGCAGUACUUCAGCACCCUGAUCAUGGACAAGAUGGAGGAGGGUGCCAUCCAGAAGGUGGAGAUGGACGAGGAGCCCCUGCACACGCAGCUGCGGCGGUGGGCCACGCACUCCAGCAGCGCGCCGCCAGCGCCCGUCCCGCGGAUGCGGGUGAUCGCAAGGGACCGCGAGACUUGCUGGUCGUGCCUCGGACAGAUCCACAGGCUGCUGCCCCCGAUGCCGGGGCGGCUGCGCGAUUACAUCUCCUCGCCCAAGGAUCGAACAUGUACAUGA